AUGACGAUUGGCGAUUUUUUUAGUCGCCAUAGGCGCAAGUUCUUUGUGGCAAUUGGCGCCAGCGCUGGCAUAUAUAUGAUGGUACAGUUUGUGAAGAACAAGCUCAUUGAGUUACAAGAGAAGUUUAUUUUUGAGCGGAUGGCUAAGGACAACAUGGAGCGUCGGUUCGAGCAGAACCAGAAAGACGCCACGUUCACGACCCUUGCUCUUCUCCCCACAGUUGCAACCCAGAUCCUUGAAAAGUACGAUGUCGAGGGCGCGAAACGAGAGCUUCAAGCCCUGAGAGCACCACCUGCACAGUCACAGGACGCGAAGCUGGCCGACGCCUCGGCAGCAGACUCGGGCGAGGCCCCUCGACCCUCCUCAAAUCCAGACGAGCCCGAGGCCCACCUUGGCUCGAGUGUGGUUUCUGAUUUGACGUCUUCCGUGCAAACUGAUGCGGCAACCGCGUCUUUAGAUGGCUCCAUCGCUGUUGUUGCCUCCCCCUCGGCCACCGCGUCGAAAACGGCCCUUUGGUCACGAAUCAAAAUCGAAAGCUUCACCCGUGCCUUCACAUUAGUUUAUACCAUGGCUCUGCUUACCUUGUUGACUCGGAUCCAGCUUAAUAUUCUCGGCAGACGAACCUAUCUCGCCAGCCUGCAGGAAAUGUCGGAAAAGGGCCUAUCGUUGGAGGAGAGUGAUGUCAACGACAAUGUAAACAGACAGUACCUCACGUUUAGUUGGUGGCUCCUCAACAAAGGCUGGCAGCCUCUCGGUCAGCGCGUUGAGGCCGCUGUUACUGCUGUUCUGUCUGAAACGGAUGUUCGCACCGAACUGAAUGCUGCUCAGCUCGUCGAUGUUAUCAGUCGUAUUCAAUUCACUGUUGAUUCCGCUGAGCAACGCCUAGAUACUGAUGCCUCGCCUCUUGAGCCUCGUCCAAGUAGCUUUUUGGCCAACUUACUCCCUCCCCAUGAGUUGGAGACUUAUGUGCUUAGCCAGGCCCCUGGAAGUGUCAUGGCUCCCGAUAUCGUUGAAGGUUACUUGCGCGAGAUGAUCAAUGAAACUGCCGAUAUCAUUGACUCUCCCAACGCUGCACAGGUCGUUCAUCAUUUGGUGAGUAACGGCCUAUCCGUGUUUUUGAACAAAUUGAAGCCGCUUUAUGGUGACGAUAAAUCAACCACAAAGCUUGCAUCUAUUCUAGCAAACGCUACUCGCCAGGCUCAUUACAUGGCAGCCGGACACCCCUCAGAAAACGAGUAUGUUUCUGCAAUGUCAGUGAUUCCGGAACUUGAUGCACUCUGCGCUAUUAUUUACUCUAACGUCUAA